AUGGGGGACGUAGCAGACGAGAUAGUGCGAACAAACGGUAGCCCUGCAGACUGGAAGGUGCGGCCAGAGCUGCUGUACGACUGGAAGCCGGCCACGGGGAGGGGGUGUCCGCCCUACGUGCCGUUCACGCGGGAGAAGAUUUGCCGCCUGCUGGCCCGGCGCAACGUGGUGAUGGUGGGCGACGGCACGCAGCUGCUGCUGCACGACGUGUUCCUCAACAACAUGUACUCGCUGCAGGCGGUUGAUCAGAUGGGUAACCUGGAAGAUGCCUGGGAGCGAGACGGCGAGCCCGACUGUGCAAACGAGGGCCAUGUGUUGUGCUCAGACAUCUCCCCAGCCAGCACCUUCACCUUCCGAGUCGUACACAACAACCUGCUUUCCGCCGACCUACCGGGCGGCGGCAAGUACAACAAGCGGUGGAUCAAGCGCCUGCUUGCUUGGAACGCGUCUGUGGUGAUCAUCAACAAGGGCGCCGAGCUGCGGCCCAGUGCGUCCAAGCGGUACAUUGAGACUCUGAGAGACACGAUGCAGCUGCUGCGGCGGCUUGCCCCUGACGUGCUCGUGGUGUUCCGCAGCACGUGGCGCGGCCAUGUGGACUGUGGGCGCGCCGAGGGGCCGCUCAAGGAGGUACCGGGCAAGGGCGGUGCCACGCUGCCAUGGGACUUUGCCAUUGACCAGAACGCUGCCGCGCGCGCGAUUAUGAAGGAAUUCGGUGGCGUGUACCUAGAUAUCGACACGCCCCUGUCGAUGCGCCCGGACGGGCAUCUGCGCAAGCUGAGUGGAGCCAUGGACUGCUACAUGUACUCGUCGUCGCACGACGGGUGGGGCGACGCCGACGACGAUGCAGACGACGACGAAUUCGACGGCCACGAUGCAUCCGCCGCGCCCAACGGCGCGGGCGCGCGAUCGAGCGCGGAUCUCGCGCCGACUCCGCCCCCGCGGGGCGUGAGGCGGAAGGGCACGGCGAUCCCGGCGGCGCUGGCGGUGGAGCGAAGCUUCGCUCCGGGCGACAGCAACAGCUUCUUACCGGGGGGGCUUGUCAUGAUGCAAGGCGUCUUGCACGGUGACGCCACCACUUGGGUGGAAGCGACGGUGAUCUGGCAUCCGCUGACGGCGGGCGAGGCGGGCGCGCUCAAGGCGCUGGUGGCGGCGGACGGGGUCUACCGCGUGCGCCUUGCGCCCAACCCCUUCUCCGCCGCUCCCCCGCCCCAAGGGCACGUCAUCGCAUGGGGCCGCGCGGUGAGGCAUGGGGGGGCGGGGGGCGCGCGGGGAGGCAUGGGUGCAGUGGGGCAUUGGGGGGGAGGGGGGGAUGGGAGGGGGCGAAUUAUUGCCAUGGCAGGAGCCGCUGUGCUCACGUCAACUCUGCUACCCGCCUUGCUCUACUCUCUGUAG